UUUUGUCUUUUCUCAUAGGCUUACUUGUUCUGUGUUCUCGCAGUCAUAAAUGUGUUAACUAACAAUAAAAUAUGUUUACGUCUUUUUAAAAUUUUUUAUGUAAAAGAUUUUUUAUGAUUUAAAAUGAAAUUAAAUAAUUCCUUAUUGUUGACCCUAUCAUGCUUUGCGUGCAUUUUCGCAAUGAUUGUACUUCCUGACGGUUAUAAAUCGGUUGGCAAAAGUUGGCCUGAGCUUCUGAAUAAGCCCAUGGAAGAGGUCAAGCAAGCCAUUUUGAAAGAAAUUGCAAAUGUGCAGUUUGUUGUGCACAAUGUGGAUAACUACAAGAUGUAUCCUUCAGAAUUUUGGUUCAAGAAGGUCAGACUCGUUGUAAAUGGUUCCAACGUUGUGGUCGAAGAACCACCCAACUUUUGUGGAAUGGAACCUGAUUUCAGCUUGGUUGGCGGUAUUGUUGGACAAAAGUACAAGACUGUUCUGGAUACUUUGCAUGAAAAGAUUCCAACAUUGAAGGUGAGUGUCUUCAAGAAUGGAGAAAAAAUUCAUUCAACCUCUGCAGAUGAUGUGGACUAUGCAAGAUUAGAUGUUGACAGUACAGAAAAGGUUAUGAAAGAAGCCACCUACGUCAGGGUCGUCGUUGACGCCUGAGGUUGCUUCAUUCACCGUGGCGCUGAGUGGAAACGCUUCGUGAAAUAACACUAUGCAAUGCCUUUUCUUGAAAAAAUAAUUUUCGUUUAACAUUUUGCUGUCAUGCUUCUUAUUGAUUUAUUUUUACAUUUUACUUUUGUUGUUUUCGGACUGCACAAUUGCGUAAACCAUCUAAAUUGAGUGAACGUUGUUAUUGUGUAUGUUGUAAGCUGGUUCAUUUAUCAUGCAAAAAAUUUUCAAACUCAUUCAGCAAGGCACAUGUUAUUGUUAAUUUUUUCAAAUUUAGCUAUUUUCUAUUCUAUAUAUUAAACAAUGAAAUUGACCAAAAAAUCAAUCAAAAAUUGUUCAUAAGAAUCAUAAAUGUUUUGUCUGUGAAUUACUAACAAUUUGUUAAUAUGUCUUAUUAUUUUAAACUUUGUAAAACUUACGUAUAAAAGUUAAAAAAUUUG